UUUCGAAAUAUUUUAGUUGUAUCAUUUGCUAUAUUUUAUUAUUUAGCAUUUUAUUUAUUAGUUACUGAAAUGAUACAAUUAUGUUAUCACGGGCCUAGAAAAUAUUUCGGAGCUAUAUUUAACAUAUUUGAUAUAAUUUCGACUGUAAUUCCAACAAUAGUAAUGACAGGCUUAUAUAUGAACUUUCAAUUCGCCGAUGGUUUUGGAAGUGUUACAACACUUGACACUCAGUUAGUUGUAAUGAUAUCAUUUUCUAUUCUUUUGAUUUGGAUAGAAAUGAUUUUAUAUCUUCGUUUGAAGUCAGGUUUAUUCUGCUUAACAAUCCGGAACAUAUAAAUCCUAAAGUUACUUCAUUUAGUGGACAAGCUACAAAUGCUCAAACAGAUGAAACAUUUAAUGUUAAACUUCAAUCUGAUUUUAAUCCCAGAGAUAAGAACGACAAUCCAUUUUCUUAUAUAUUAA